CUGACCUUGAGCCUCUACAUCAGGCAACUCCGCUCGAUUGCGUACACAUAUUUCUUUUAUAUCGGUGCCGAACAGACUACUCGAACGGACGAUCUGCGGCGCAUCAUGUCGCUCCUCCCCGCCGAGGUCACGGCUGAACUUGGCCAACUUCUGGAGGCUCUGCAGUCCCCCGACAAUGCCGUGCGAUCGCAGGCGGAGGACCACCUCCAGAACAACUGGACUGUGACAAGACCCGAGGUGCUGCUGAUGGGUCUUGUCGAGUUGAUAGGUGCACAAGCCAAUACCACUACUAUCCGGUCUUCAUCCGCUGUGAUCUUUCGGAGGAUUGCGGGUAAAACGCGUAAAAACGACAAGGGCGAAAGCGUAGACACCUACAUCUCGCUCGCCAAGGACCAGGCCGAAGUAAUCCGACAGAAACUCCUUCAAACGUUGGCCUCAGAGUCCAACCGCGGCGUGCGCAACAAAAUCAGUGAUGCUGUUGCAGAGCUUGCCCGGCAAUGCAGCGAUAAUGGCGUUUCAUGGCCAGACCUUUUGGCGGCGCUCUUCCAGCUCAGCAUGGCACCCGAUGCUGGAAAGAGAGAGAUUGCAUUUAGAGUUUUCGCAACAACGCCUGGCAUCAUUGAGAAGCAGCAUGAGGAAAGCGUAGCCCAGGCCUUUUCCACAGCAUUCAAAGACGACGCCGUCGCUGUUCGACUGGCAGCAAUGGAAGCUUUUGCUGCUUUCUUUAGGGGAAUGACGAAGAAGAACCAGACCAAAUAUUUUGGUCUUCUUCCUGAGGUAUUGAAUAUUUUGCCGCCUAUUAAAGAAUCAAAAGAAUCCGACGAUCUCAGCAAGGCUUUGACAGCCCUCAUUGAUUUGGCUGAGAUCUCACCCAAGAUGUUUCGCCAACAAUUCAACCACUUAGUUCAAUUCAGCAUUUCGGUCAUCCAAGACAAGGAGCUCGACGACAUCUGCCGCCAGAAUGCCUUGGAACUUAUGGCGACUUUCGCUGAUUACGCCCCGUCCAUGUGCAAGAGGGACCCCAAUUAUACGAAUGAUAUGAUCACACAGUGUCUGAGUCUGAUGACCGACUUGGGUGAGGAUGACGAUGAUGCUGCAGAGUGGCUCGCAUCAGAGGAGCUCGACCAGGAUGAAUCCGACCUCAACCAUGUGGCAGGCGAGCAAUGCAUGGAUAGGUUAGCCAACAAGCUGGGAGGUCAAACCAUCCUCGCCCCGACCUUUAACUGGCUGCCUCGCAUGAUGUCUUCACCUGUUUGGAGAGACCGCCAUGCUGCCCUCAUGGCUAUCUCAGCCAUAUCAGAGGGUUGCCGCGACCUUAUGAUUGGUGAGCUCAACCAGGUUUUGGAGCUCGUCGUGCCAGCUCUCAAGGACGCACACCCUCGCGUCAGGUGGGCUGGGUGCAACGCCCUCGGCCAGAUGAGCACGGAUUUUGCGCCGACCAUGCAGAAGGAACACCAUGAGGUAGUCAUGAAGGCCAUCAUUCCGGUGCUCAUCUCUCCCGAGCCGCGCGUCAAGUCCCACGCCGCUGCUGCCCUCGUCAACUUCUGUGAAGAGGCAGAGAAGAGUAUCUUGGAGCCUUAUCUGGACGACCUUCUCUCGCAUCUUUUCCAACUUCUGCAGAACGAGAAGCGCUACGUACAGGAGCAGGCCUUGUCAACAAUUGCGACGAUUGCAGAUGCUGCGGAGCAGGCUUUCUCCAAGUAUUACGAUACUUUGAUGCCCCUUUUGGUCGGCGUUCUCAACCGUGAGGGAGAGAAGGAAUUCCGACUGUUGCGUGCCAAGGCCAUGGAGUGCGCAACUCUGAUAGCACUGGCGGUUGGCCGUGAGAGGCUCGGAAACGAUGCGCUAACUCUGGUCCAGCUGCUCGCUACAGUGCAGUCCAACAUCACAGACGCGGAUGACCCUCAAGCACAAUACCUUAUGCACUGUUGGGGCCGCAUGUGCCGUGUUCUUGGCCAAGACUUCCUGCCAUUCCUUCACAACGUUAUGCCGCCCCUGUUGGAGCUUGCAACAGCCAAGGCGGAUAUUCAACUUCUUGACGAUGAGGACCAGGUCGAACAAAUAUCUCAAGAGGAUGGUUGGGAGCUGGUGCCCGUCAAAGGCAAGAUGAUCGGAAUCCGCACAAGCACCAUGGACGACAAGCAUAUGGCCAUUGAGUUACUUGUUGUAUAUGCUCAGGUUCUGGAGGCUGGCUUUGCGCCAUACGUUCCUGAAAUCAUGGAGAAGGUUGCCAUUCCUGGACUGGCUUUCUUCUUCCACGAUCCGGUGCGUUUCAUCUCAGCUAAACUGGUCCCUCAACUACUUGGCUCGUACAAGAAGGCCUAUGGCCCCACCUCCAACGAGCUUGCUGGCCUCUGGGCCGGUAUUGUAGACAAGCUCCUGGAGGUUCUCUCGGCUGAGCCGGCCAUCGACACCCUUGCCGAGAUGUACCAGUGUUUCUACGAAUCUGUAGAAGUUGUCGGUACUCAGUGCAUGAAGGACGAGCAAAUGACCAAGUUCAUUGACUCUGUCCAAUCGACAUUGGAAGAUUACAGAGAUCGCGUUAAUCAACGUGCAGAAGACAAAGAGGGUGUUACGGCGGAGGAUGCGGAGGACCUGGCUGAGGACAUCUUGAUGGCCAUUGAGGACGAUCAGACGCUUCUAUCCGACAUGAACAAGGCAUUCCAUGUUGUGUUCAAGUACCAUGGAUCUUCUUUCCUCAGGCACUGGGAACGCCUCAUGCCUACAUAUGAAUCCUUCCUUAAAUCCUCGGAAACUACGCAACGACAAUGGGGCCUCUGCAUUAUGGAUGAUGUCCUUGAAUAUUGUGGAGCUGACAGCAUCCACUACGCCAAUUAUAUCAGCCAACCCCUGCUGGACGGUUGCCGGGAUCAAAAUGCGGCCAUCAGGCAAGCAGCAGCCUAUGGUAUCGGCGUUGCAGCCCAGAAGGGUGGUGCAGCUUGGGCGCAGUUCCUUGGGGGCGCCCUGGAGUAUCUGUUCCAGGCCGCGCAGGUUCCUGAGCCGCGAAGUGAAGAGAAUGUUUACGCGACCGAGAAUGCGUGUGCUGCGAUAGCCAAGAUUCUCCAUUUCAACUCAUCAACAGUUCAAAAUGCGGACGGUAUUAUCGCCCAGUGGCUUGGCACACUUCCAGUCACGAACGACGAGGAGGCAGCACCAUAUGUUUACGCAUAUCUUGCUGAACUGAUUGACAAGCAACAUCCCGCUGUAAUCAGCCAACCGGACAAGGUUUUCAUAUACACCGCCCAAGGGCUCGAGUCUGAUACGCUUACCGGCCAAACAGCCAUCAGGGUGGUUGCUGCGGUCAAGCAGCUUAUCACUGCCAGCAACAUGGAUCCCACGCAGCUUUUGCAACAAUUUGCGCCCGAGGCCCAGCAAACCAUACUUCGUUACUUCAACAACUAG